GCGCAGGCGCGAAGAAGCUCCGGAACAGACGCAUGCGCUCUGAGCUCUGGCUCCUCAGCAUGGGUUCCCUGUACCCUCUCCUGUUGCUGCUGUGGCUCCUGUCCUGUCCCCGGCUUCAGCUAGGACAUGCCCAGGAUCCUACCAUGGUGCAUCUGCCAGGUGGCCGAUUUCUGAUGGGGACAGAUGCUGCAGAUGGCAGAGAUGGUGAAGGGCCUGCCCGGGAAGUGACAGUAAAACCCUUUGCCAUUGACAUAUUUCCCGUCACCAAUAAAGACUUCAGGGAGUUUGUCAGGGAGAAAAAGUACCAGACAGAAGCCGAGGCGUUUGGGUGGAGCUUCGUCUUUGAGGAUUUCGUCUCCCCUGAGCUCAGGAAGCAAGGAGAUCAGAUGCCGGCUGUCCUCUGGUGGCUACCAGUGCAAAAGGCAUUUUGGAGGCAGCCUACAGGUCCCGGCUCUGGCAUCCGAGAGAAACUGGAGCUUCCGGUGGUCCACGUGAGCUGGAACGACGCUGGUGCUUACUGCGCAUGGCGGGGGAAACGCUUGCCCACGGAAGAGGAGUGGGAGUUUGCAGCCCGAGGGGGCUUGAAGGGUCAGGUUUAUCCAUGGGGGAACCGGUUCCAGCCAAACCGCACCAACUUGUGGCAGGGAAAGUUCCCCAAGGGUGACAGAGCUGAAGACGGUUUUCAUGGACUGUCACCAGUGAACGCUUUCCCCCCACAGAACAACUAUGGACUCUAUGACCUCAUGGGCAAUGUGUGGGAAUGGACAGCGUCCACCUACCAAACUGCCGGCCAAGACAUGCGAGUCCUCCGCGGGGCAUCAUGGAUCGACACCGCAGACGGCUCUGCUAAUCACCGGGCUCGGGUCACCACCAGGAUGGGAAACACUCCGGAUUCAGCCUCAGACAACCUGGGCUUCCGCUGCGCUUCCGGUGCAGGCCAGCUGAAGGAGGAUCUGUGAGCAGCCAGCCAGAGCUGGAGAAAGCGCCCCCUCAGGACUGUAUCUCCCUGACCGUAUUCCAGAGGCAGCUGGCUGGAUACCGAGCUCACCAGUCUGAGGGAUGGCCUUUCUCCUCUGACAGACAGCUCCUAAGGACAGAGGGACACUCAGACCCCAAGAAGGGACUGCGGUAGCCUGGAAGGUCAGGGCCUGGAUGGCCAAGGCUGGGAGCUGGGCCGUCUCUUAAGUGCAGUAUUAAGGACAAAGGAACCAAUCACGUCAGUAUCUGGAGCAGUUCUCCAGAAGAUAGCGCUUUAGAAUCUCUCCCUUUUUGUUUUCUCCCUGGCUGAUUCAGCUUUCACUGUUCCUGGGAAAUUUCUGCUGAAGGAAAAUUCUGCCCCCUUUGUGAGACGACACCAAAGCCUUGCUGCCGGAACCUAGCCUCGCUGUCCUCUGAACCGAGAUACUCAAUGUGUGGCAAGGAUGGUCUCAAACUCUCAAUCCUUCUACCUCAGCUUCCCCAGUGCUGGGAUUUACACAUGGUGCCCAUCUUAAAAAGCUCCAGUAGAGCUAAUGAUUUACAAGGUGAAGCUGUGCACUGUGGGAGAACCAAAGUCAGUGUUCCUCCAGAAAGACAAAUGCCAGAAACUUCUCUGAGAAUUAAUCAUGUACCCUGCAAACCUCUGCGUACCUGCAAACAUGUCCCUGAAGAAGAACUGGAUUUUGUGAGGUCAAUAAAUUCUUUUGUAUAUCAGGGAA